GGCGGGCGCUGCAGCAGCUGGGAUCAGGGAUGGCUCCGUGGGGAUCGGCGGUGGCGGCCGGGGUCUCGCCGGCUCCCCCGACGCGGGACGCGGCGGCCGCCCAGGGGAACCGCUCCGACCUCGGAAAUCAAGAUUUUCCUAAUAUUUUGGCAAGCCAUAGUUUAGAAAGUACUACGACUCACACUGUCGGUGAUCACACAGGAAGUGGUGUGCAUCCAGAAUAUCUUGCUUAUGGGUUGGUUCCUGUCUUUUUCAUCAUGGGCCUUUUGGGGAUCCUCAUCUGUCACAUGCUUCAGAAAAAAGGGUAUCGGUGUAGAACAGAGGCCGAGCAAGAAAUUGAAGAGGAAAAACUUCGCGAAAAGAUAGAAAUGAAUGAAAGUGUAAAUGACAAUAACGAUACUGUGGGGCGAAUCGUCAACAUCAUUAUGAAAAAUGAAGCAAAUGCUGAUAUGUUAAAGGCCAUGGUGGCAGAUAACAGUGUGUGUGAUCCUGAAAGCCCUGUGUCUCCUACCACUCCAGGCAGUCCUACAAGUCCAGGCUCUCCUUUGUCACCAGGUGAUACUCCAUCAAAACAUAACUGUCGUGGCCAUCACUUACAUACAGUUGGGGGAGUAGUAGAGAAGGAUGUUUGUAGUCGCUGUAGUCACAAAAGAUGGCACCUUUUAAAGCCAACCAACAAAUCUAAAGAACCAAGAAAAAGCCGACAAGGAGAAGUUACAGUACUUUCUGUGGGAAGAUUUAGAGUCACAAAAGUAGAGCACAAAUCUACAUCCAAAGAGCGGAAAAGCUUGAUGUCUGUUAAUGGUGUUGAAGGUGUCAAUGGAGAAGUGCCUGCCACACCUGUCAAACAUGGAUCAAGAGAAGUUCCUGCCACACCUGUCAGACAAGGAGCAAGAGGGAGAACUGGCACAGAAUAACAGCACCAGAGCGCCAUGGAGAAGUGAUAUAAUUAAGAUGACCUAGUUACUCUAAGGUAACAAGGAGGAAGAGAAAACACACUGAGAAGAGGAGAAGAAGAAAAGACCCAGAGUAAGGAAUGUAAAUAAGCACUAAAACUCAAGCAACUCUUCUCUACCGGUUGACUUCCUAAAGCCUGUUCAAAAUAUUGAUCUGUAUUCUUGCUCAUUGUACUAUGGAUCAAACAGAUCUGAAUUCGGUGGCAGGGCUCGUGGUGCAUUCCUGCGCACAGUUUAGUCAUUCACAAUCAGGUUGUUAACCCCAGUAUAAUUGAAAGGUAUGCAUACAGGUUUUUGUGUUUUUCCCAAUUAAUUAUAAGUUUAAUUGUAAGGCAUCUGCUAUUUAUUUACAGUUCUGUUAAUCUAAAUACAUGGCAAUUACUUACAUUUGAGCAUGCUGAAAAAAAUCUGCACACAUACUGUUCAAGAUAUUAGUUUAAUAUAGUGUGCUAUCUUCUCCAGUCUGAGGAUCCUCCUCCCAAAUUGUGGGUUGUCCAGACACUGGUGUUAGAGUAGCCUGUAAACUGCUUUAAUCUGUCUGUUGCCAGUGACCCUCUGGGCCCUUACAGCAGCCAGGAAUUUUCCAGAUAAAGGAACGUUCCUGGUCUUGCAACACUUUUUUCCUCACAAGAGCCCCUCUAGCUGGAAUUAAGGGUGGCCUAGGAGCUCAGUGAUCAAGAGAUCAUUCAGUGGCCAGUUAAGCUGGACUCAGGAUUGUUUUGUGCACCCAAAGUGGUGCAGAGCAGCUCCAAUAUAGCAGUGAAUCAGGCCACUUGUCAUGAGUGGCGUUCCGUUGCAUUGUCAACAAUGUACUUAAAGUAACUUUUGUAAAGGAAAACCAACAGUCUGUCAGUUUUAUUGUGGGGUAAAUAGUUUUGUUUGUCGCAGAUGGAGUUUUUAGAAGUGUUUGAUUACGUGCUGAAACUGAAAACUUAGGAGAUGUACUAUUAUAGGAAAUGUGUUUAUGUCACUGUAGCUCUUUAUAGUUUCUGUGAAUGAAUCUAUGCAGGGGUAGGUCCUAAAUACUUAAGAUUUGUAGCCAAUAAAACAUUUCCAGUCACUGAUAUAGUGUUGGAUCCUGUGGUCAGCAGCCUAUUCGUUUGCCUUCAUCUUACAAAGAAAAAUUCAUGUAACCCUUGGGGAAAGCAAAAGUUUUUCUACCAAAACUUCCUCACUGCUGUGUCCAAAUUAAAAUAUUUAAUGAGCUCAGCAAUGUAAACAAUGGAAAACAUAGGCAGGUUGUAUUAUAUCGGGACAGCUUUAUCCUUUAUUUCCAAAUAAGAAACUUGUGGCAUGGUGGCUGUCAUGGUUACAGGGAUAACUGCACUUUUGACCACUGUCUGGUCUCAGAGCGUUACCCCCUCAGGUCCCGAGCCUGAGGUGUUUACUUCCCCUGGGGUGGUGAUUCUCCCACAUUUAGAGUGGGUCAUGGGCUACAUUGGAUCAAGUAUGCUUAUGCCAGCAGAUCCAACUACAUUCAGCACCUGCUGGUCUUCCUUUGGGAGCUUGUUACCAGUGGCACAUACAAUGACCAGACGGCCUUCUGUAAACAAAAGUUUUUUAAUCUUAACAGUUAGCAACAAAGUAAAACGUAAGAGAGAGGAUUUUUAAACAACAAAAGGCCUACGUGUUGUCUGUCUCAUCUAAGCCCUUCCACCCUGCGAGAGGAGCCUAGAAAGGCUUAGCUUUGUCAGACAUCAAGUCAGGUGUCAGUCUGUUUCCCCUGAACAACUUCCCGAUAACCAUCUGACUGGUGGCCAGAGAGUCUCUUUAACCAGCCAGAAGUUGUCAUCUCACAUUCCUGUGCUUUGACUCUGCCGCUCAAAACCUAUUGGUGGGCUCCAUUGAGGUCAAGCCCACCUCUUGAGUCAUUGUUUUGCCUUCCUGCUUGUUUUUUUUACAACAGCCUGCUAUUAAACUAAACCAACAUCCAUAAAGUAAACUUCCCUGACAACAAUCAAACAUAUAGCACACAAUACAAUAUUCAAAUAUUAUUAUAGAGCAGCCCCAUGUCCUUCAGAGUGUCUCUCUCAAAAUAGGUACCCUCAAUCCAUUAGUGCCAACUAUUAAGUCAUAAUGUCAGUGUCCUUUAUCAUCUUCAUAUUUGUGACUCUCACUGAUAGAAAAUCAAUGACUGUUAAGCAGUGCUAAUUGUUGUUUGGAUCUACUUGCCAUGAUUACCACUUUGCCUUAGAACUGAUCUGUUAAUUGGGAACAUUUGUGAUAUUUUGGCAGACUUUGCUGUAUAACAGAAACUGAAAAGUGACACUCUUUUGCUCUACUGUGUGCCUAACAAGAAUACACAUCAAUCUGUAGCUUUAAUGCAUGUCAAUAGGGAUUAUACUAAAUCAUGAGAAAACUAUAAAGCAGUUCAGUCUGCUUCACAAACUUCUUGUAAAUAAUUGUCUUUGUAACUGAUUCAUGUUUUAAAAUAAUGCUGUGUUUUUGUAGCUGUGUCGGUCCCAGGAUAUUAGACACACAAUGUGGGUGAAGUGAUAUCUCUUAUUGGACCAAUUCUGUUGGUGAGAGAGACAGAAGUUGGUCCAAUAAAAGAUAUUACCUUACCCACCUUGUCUUUUUAAAUGAAUACUGUCAAUCUUCUUUAGUCUGAGUAAGUGCUCUAAUUUUUUUCUUUAUCUUUUUGAAAGUGAGGUUUCUCCAUCAGCUCAUACAAUGUUAAUUAGCAAUAUGUGUAACAGCAAAAGAACUUUCCCCUGGCUAUCAUCUCACAUGCCCCAUAGGUUGCCACUUAAAGCUCAGGAAUGAGGCACGCUGGUGGGUUAUUGUAGCUGUAUUGCCAACACCAAAUGUUCAAAAAUCAUGAGUUAUGCUCACUAAAAAUUAUGAGAUUACGUAAAAAUAAUAGAUUGGAUGUUUUUUUUAUUUGCCUCCCACUUUUUGAGUCUUCAGGGUGCAUUGGAGUUCACAUUUUGAAGCUCUCCCCACAGCCAUGGGGGCUAGAAACUUACUUUUUCUUUAAGAAUGAAGGCUGAAAUCGCAUAUCCCUUGACUCCAGGAGCUAGGGCUUUAAGGAAAACAAUUAUGGGACUCAUGAGAGCUGGCAACGUUGUAUAUAGGGAAGUUUACGCUGCUGACUGUGCUCUACUUGAUCCGUAGGUGGCAGGUGUAGCCCAGACAGCUCAGACCUACAAGAGAAACAAAUUUUUUUUGUCAGUUCUAAAUAAAAUUAAGUCUUUUAACAAAUGUUUUAUUUAUAGUUUUCAAGAACUAAAUUCCAAAAGUAACUUUUAUCUGAGCCCGACUGCUACUUGGGAAUAAAUCCAAAGAAUUAAUCGAUUUUUCAUUAUUAUUGUAAAUAAGAUUUCUUUUCUUCACUCAGCUUUAACUCAGACUACCAAAAUAAUCUUAAAACUACUAAAAGAGACACUUAAAUUGAGAAAUCCUUGGCCUACUUUUUUUCCGCCUUAGGUUUGCAGAUUUCACUCUGUUUUCAUGAACAGCUCUACAGCAUACUAAAAUGUAUGCAGAAGGAAUUUAAAUAGUGCCAGUAUAUUAAUUUCAGGAUUCCAGGAUAUUGAGAGAUUAGGUGUAACUGAAGUGUACAUAUGUGACAGUAUUUUUAAUAUUAAAAUUACUGGAUGAAAAUGUGGACUCUAGAGUGAAAGUUGUUUUGUACUUACACAGCCAAACUAAACAGUUCAUUGUUUUGAAUAUGAAGAUGCACAAUUGUAGAGUAUCCCAAAAACUUGAAAAAUUGAGAUUUUAUUCUGAUAAGAGAACAUUUUAGUAAUAUGUGGCUUAACACUGUGAGUAAAUAUGCUCAAGAGUGAAAAUGUUUAAUAUAUAUAUGCUAUUUUUACUUAAUUUAACAAUAGUUGCUAUUUUGAUUCCAUUGGAAAUAUGCAAAAAUGUUAUAUCCAGUACAUUCAACAUGUAAAAUCUUAUUAAUGGAGAUUAUCUAGUAAUUAUUAAACGUGAAUUUCUACGUACGUACAUAAGGCUAAUGUUUGUGGGAAGUAAAAUGUGUAUUGCCACUUUAGCAAAAUAAUUUGGUGAAUGUGUGAUCUUAUUGUAUAUAACAAACACUACUAACAGCAUUUUUCAGUGAUACAAACGUUGUCAUCACCAAAAAACCAAAUAAACCAGUUUUUCUUAAUCUUGCACAUCAACUGUAUUUUUAACAAUAUGGUUUGUAUAAGACUUUUGUACUACCAAAGUAGUAAUAAAUAAAUAAAUAAAUUGAUUCUUUAAUUCC